AUGCCGUCUAAGAAUUCCAUUAACAGGCCUAAACAAAAAAUAAAUUUACAGCACAAGGUGCGCAGCAAUGCGGCCAAGAGAUUGGCACGUGAGAAGGCAGGGUUGUUAGCUCCACCAAGAUCCAGUACAGCUUCGAAAUCGGGGCAGGCCAGGUCGAUUCCAUGGGAGUUGUACAAGGGAGAGUCGGUGGAACGUGGUCCAAUGACGACAAAAACCCUUUCGAAGAAGCGUGCUAAGAAGAUUGAGAGGAAUCUGAGGUACGUUGAACAGAGAAAGCUGCUGAUCGAUAUUCAAGCUGCCAAGGAAUCUGGAAUGGAAAUCGAUGACAGUUCUGUGAAGGUAGCUAAAGUGCAGAAGAAGGGUGCUAUAGAGAAAGUGAAGGAGUGCAUGUGGAGUGUGUUGGAAGAUACGACUACCCAAGGUUUUACUUUACACACCGGGACUGGUACCACUUUAGGAGGUCCGUAUUUUCCAUAG